AUGGUGUCCCAGAAGAAACCCUCAAGUGCUGCGCGCAACUCUCGCGGUGGUGGUAUCGCAAAGAGAAAGACCAGAACCGAUCGCGAUGGUGACCUUGUCAUGGAUCCUACUGCGCGCGCUCGUCCCGGCGGUGGUAUCAGCAAGGGCGGCAAGUCAAGCGCACCCAAGACGCGAGGCGCAAAGCCUGGUACUCGCAGCGCUGGAUUCGAGAAGAAACUCGCCAACCAUGUCGGAGGUGAUUCAAGUGCAGUCCGCACACGACCAAGCAGAGGACUAGAAGAGCUUCGAGUUACCGGCCACAAGAACAGCAAGGCAGCUUCCAACAACGACGGCGGCAUGAAUUCACUCAUCGCCUGGAUUGAAAAGAGGUCCUCGCUCAAAGCCAAGAGAGCAAUCAAAGUCAAGAAGUCCCGAAUCGAAGGAGACGACUUGCUAAUAUCCGUUCCCGGCGAAGACGCUGCGCACGUAUUGCGAGUCGACGGCUACGUCUUUGCUGGAGCAAACAUGAAGAUCGAACGAGCCUCUGCCCAGGAUCUCGACACCGGCCAUUCCAAGGAGAGCACCAUCGCCAUGCUUAAAGGAGUUCUCGCCAGAAGAUAUAACGUCGAAUUAAAACUGCUUGAUCUCAGCGCUCUUGGUACAGACCCAGACCUCAAAGCUGCUCAGAUUUUCGACAGCAGCUCAACCACAAGCAAAUUCUUCCCUGCUUUGAUGAAGGUCCUCGACCAACAAUUCAAGACAGCCGCAGAGAAGAAUGAUGCUAUCAUCAGCGUCACUCUCGCCAACAACGAACUUUCCAACAUCAGCCCCGUCACAACUCUCGCCCAAACCCUACCACAGCUCAAGAACCUUGAUCUGUCAAACAAUGCCUUCAAGGACCUGGCUGCUCUCGAAGCAUGGAGACGCAAGUUCCCCAAGCUUGACCACCUCAUAGUCUCUGGUAACCCUCUGGAACAAGCUGAGCCCGACUAUGCCACAAAGUUCAUGGCUUGGUACCCCAAACUUCGUCUCCUCAACACCGUUCAAGUUCGCUCUGAUCAGGACGCCGAAAGCGGUCGUCAAGCUGCCGACAUCCCCUUCCCCAUCAAGGGCCCCAACUUUCAGGACGAAGGUCAAAUUGCCGAAAACUUCUUGCGCACUUUCUUCGCUGGUUACGACACAGAUCGCGCUACCCUAGCACAACACUACUACGACGAGCAGUCCGACUUCUCUUUCGCUGUCAACACCGCCGCUCCCAGAGACCCUACAAGAUCACACGAGACUGCCCCUCAGGAAUGGGAUGCCUAUAUCAAGCGUAGUCGCAACUUGAAGAAGAUCACCCAACUUCCUGCAAGACAGAGUCGUCUCUGCCGUGGUGCCCAGGCCAUUCACGAAAGCUGGUCUACCCUUCCCGCCACCCGCCAUCCUGAUCUUGCUACCCAACCUCAGAAGUGGCUCAUCGAGUGUCAGUCACAACCUGGUAUCCCCGACCCUACUGGCGCAUCACCCGUCGGUGUUGAUGGUUUCCUUAUUACCGUCCACGGCGAGUUUGACGAGAUUGAUGCCAGCGGUCAGGUCAAGAAGACCCGCUCCUUCGACCGCACCUUCAUCCUCGGUCCUGGCGGCCCCACUGGCGUCCGUGUUGUCAACGACAUGCUGACCAUUCGCGCUUACGGAGGAUUUGCCGCCUUCGAACCCGACCACAACGAACCACAAGUCCCAGUCGAGGCCGGCGUGCCCGUGCUCCCAGCAGGACUCACACCCGAAAUUGCCGAACAAAUGGUCCUCGAGCUCCAGAAGCAGACCUCCAUGACUGUUCAAUAUGCCAAGGACUGUCUCGAGCAAGUUCAGUGGGACUUUGACCGUGCUCUACAAGCUUUCGCUGCCGUCAGAGCAAAUCUGCCUGCCGAUGCUUUCGUCCAGGCUGCUUAG